GAAGCAUUUCAUGGGUUGUUUGUGCUUCAUUUAUCCUUAAGUUACCUCUUCUCCUCGGAAAAUCUCACAAUGUGCUCCGUUUGGCAUAUGAAACAAACCUAAUAAGUAGAUUUUGUAGUUUAGUGAUACGAAUAAGCUUGUGCUUGGGUGGGCGCACUUUAGCAUAUUUUAUUAGUGUUUAUUUGAAUGGAUAUCGUCGGUCGUUUUCGAGGGUGGUUUGAAUACGAUGGUUUGAACCACAAACAAAGUGGACCAUCUAGCCUUGGUUUAACAGGCUGUACAUUAUAUAAUUUGCAUAAGAUGGAUCGAGAUUGUGGUAGAACGAGGAGUAAUCUUCAGCGGUCUCAGUCCAAUGUGGCUCAACAUUAUCCCCAUGCAAUUGAGUGUGCCGACACGAACCCAAACAAUCUUAUUGGCGACGGAAGUGCAAACCCGUCGGAACUGGAUGUUCGUAGUACAGCCGUUACACACUUUAAGACACCGCCAUCAAUAUUCGAGUCGAAUGCAAGGCCUCCAAAUGAGCUUAGUUCUGGCGUAGGGGGAAUGAAGAGCAUGGAUAGUUUUGACUGGGUGUCUAUGGGAAACCGGGACGGGACACAACCUGCUCGAGAAUUCUCCUAUCAACGAGCGAACUCCAGCGAGCUCCAAACUACUCGAUUCGACGUUGAUCAACACCUCAAUGUACAACAAGGGGAUGGUGGUCGGAAUUACCAGCAGCAGCCACAACAGCAGGACUCUUAUAGCACAAUCGCAUCCGGUGCUCAAUCAACUAGUAUGAUCCGUGCUGUCAACAGACCUGCGCAACCCCCGCAUAGAUUAAGUGACCCGAACAUAGAUGCCAAUCACGUCAGAGAUAUGCAGCUUUUUCAACUGCAACGACAGCAACAGCAACAGCAACAAGAGACUCUGGCACAGAUAGCACUGGCGGGUGGCCCUCUCGCAGUGGAAGGAUCGGAUGCUGGAGGUCAGGGGACGCUGCCGAGUGCAGUCUUGAACCGCGCCCCACACAGGUGUGAGCAACAUUCCACAUUGCUUGGCCAGUUUAUGCCCAAGUAUAGGGAUCUCAUCAAACAGGGCAGUAUGCCUAUGCCCACAUUCAUAGUUACAAGCAUAUAUCUGGAUCGUCUCACAAGUGUAAUCAUACGGAAGUACUCGGAGAAGGCAAACCGGCUUGGACUUUCCAAGGUCUCUAGGCGGUAUAAUGGCUCAUACUCCGAUUUUCUGUGGGCAUGUCAGGUUAUGGAGUGGUGCGUUAGUUGCACAUGGCUGGCUUGUUUGAUUUUGGCAAAUAAGUUUAUACACGAUUCAGCGUAUUCGAACAAAUCGUGGAGUACAUGGUCGAGUUGCUCGUUGCAGAGUAUUAACGAGAUGGAACUGAAUGUAACCCUGUGUAUGGAAUUUGAUUUCUAUGUGGGCAAGGAAGAGUUUGAGAGAGCCCAGGUGAGCUUCGAGAAUACUGAACUUCCCACUGCAAGGGUGGAUAGCGACUAUGGAGCAGCAUUAGGAACGGGAAUGAGUACAAAUAUGAAUGGAGUGAAUGUAGAUUUAGGCACGACUAUGAACUUGAAUUCGAACGUAGACAGCAACAGCAAUAUGAAUGGGUUGACUGUCACACACUCUACUGGCGUGAAUGGAACUUUAGAUAUAAAUGGGUUGAGUAUUGAUGACAGUAUCAGAUUUAGUAAUAACGGACAGUUCGAACCGAAUAGCUCUGGAUUUUCGAACAAUGUACUUAUCCAACAGCAACUCCAACAACAACAAUUGCAACAGCAGGUGAGAUUUCAACAACAGAUCCAACAACAACAGCAACAACAGGAAGACCUGUUGCAACAGCAGCAAAUACAAAACUUACAACAGACACACACACCUGGUACCCGCCGGCGUAGUUCACACACGACGCACACUACACCAACGUUUAGCUUAUCAGGUAGGAUAGGGGGGGGAAGUAAAGCACUGACACCCUAUGGUAUACCCAAUCGGCUUAACAAUGAUACAAACACUCCAGGGGGCGGGUCGAUGCGUGCGAUCGGAUCAGGGAACAUAAGUCGAAGGGCCAAUGGGCGUGGUAACAGCAUUUCAGCAUUAAGUGUAGAACUGUAUCCAUCACCCAUAGUUCAAGGAGUACAGAAUGGCAAAGCUAUGGCGCAAAGCAUGUGUUCCAAUAAUAAUCAAAGCAUAUUCAACAACGUGAGUAUUUUUAGCGGUGGUCCGGCUGUGAGACGGUCACGUGCGGGGACUACGUCUGGGCACAGCAACUAUAGCUCCACGUCGAAUAUACUCGAAGACGCUGCUGUCGUAUCUCAUCUGCAAGCCAUGAAAAUCAAUUCAAAUUCUAUGGUACAGCUGGGAUCAGGUACUGGACAUUCGAGUACGCCCUAUAGUCUCGAGCCACAUAAUAUUAAUCCACCAGUGAAUGCACAGCAGGCCACACAGCGAGAGCGAUAUCUUGCUUUGUUGGAAAGUCACCAACAAGGUAGAAUGCAGCAACAACAACUUCAAGUUCAGCAACAGUUGACCCAAGCUCAGGCUCAGAGAAGAGCGGCUGAUGAACUUAGUUAUAUGAAACAGGCACAAGCCAGACAGAUGCGAAUGGUGAACAAAGAAGAACAGGAUUUCAGGGAUAAGAUGGCGAUGCACAACAAAAUGCAACAACAAAAUUUAGUAAACGGACAGCAUGAUAGAAUGAAGGGACAAGAGAAUCAGGCAUACAUGCAGCUGCAAGGGCACAUUCAGGCGCAGAGCGAAGAUGACAUGGGACGUGCGAACAUUCUCCAACAACAGAUACAACAGAUGCAACAGCAACAACAACAACAACAGCAGCAACUACAGCAGAACAACGUGAUGCACACGAGCAGGCAUAGAAGUUUAAGCAUGGAUGCACAACAGCAGUUACAACAUAUGCAACAACUACAAGAGAGCAUGCAGUACAGGGGUGUCCAGCAACUGCAGGACAAUCAACAGCACGGAGACUACCAACGGGAAUACACGCAGCAGUUUGGGUUCAUGGGGGAUGGACUGCAUCCAAAUCAGUGAUGGGAUACAUAAAACAAUAGUUAGCAACAUUCAGAGCACUCUAGUACACAGCUAUACCAAUAUACAUUCUUAUUCUCACCACGAAGUCUGUAAAACCUCUGCCAGCUCGUGUUUAUGCCGCAUCGACCACAAUCACUGUACAAUCGAAUACCCUCUUGGGGUAUCUGGAAUUUAGUUUGUCCCCAACAGGACAUCGGCCUUUGACUGACCAGCGCGUAAUAAAGCUCAAGGCAAAAC